UGUGUGUGAGUGACGUCACGGGGAGUCCGAGUCUGCGCAAUGAGCGGCCCCAGCACCGCCAUGGAGGGCUCUGCCACUGUGAUACUGCCGCGCACUAAGCCCAUGGUCUGUGUGGAGUACCCGGGGCUGGUGCGGGAUGUUGGCAAGAUGCUGCGGACUCUGGGAGGGGAGGAAGGGGUGUCCAAGACAUACGCUGAUCCCUCCAAGAGACUGGAGCUCUAUUUCAGACCAAAUGAUCCAUAUUGCCACCCACUGUGUGGCAACCGCUUCCCCACCACAACCAUGAUCCUGCGGGUCAAGAAGAAAGUACGGCGGAAAAAAGCCCCGGAUCCAGGGGCCCCGGAACCGACAGAGGAAGGGAAGAUUAGCUUGGAAAUUAUUGGCGUGGUUGGGACUGUCUAUAAAUUUCAAGGAAUGUCCGAUUUCCAGUAUUUGGCAUUUAAACAAGAUCCCGAUGGCAACCGCACCUCUUUGUAUGACAAGGUCCUGCUAUGUAAGCCAGAGAAAGAAGAUUUCUUCAACCAAGAGAUAGCCCUCCACAUCCCCCCGCCUAUAUUCUCCCGUCUAGACAACUGCGUGGAUUAUUUUUACCGCCCAGAUGUCAAUCACAGAGAAGGCUAUAGGCUCCCCCAGGUGUCCAACGACAAUCUCAUUGGCCUGAGCAGGGCCCGCCGGCCCCACAAUGCCAUCUUCGUCAGCUUCGAAGAAGCAGAGAUCCCCAAUGAGCCGCUGCAGCCUGCUGUAAAGAACUGGACCAAGAUGUGCACGAACCCCAUGGACAAGCAGGCAGAGGAGGAGAUGAGGCAGCUCUUUACCAAUCGCCCUAUUUGGUCACGGAAUGCGAUUAAGGCCAACAUUAGCGUCCACCCAGACAAGCUCAAGUUAUUGCUGCCUAUCGUGGCCUAUUACAUGCUGACUGGCCCCUGGAGGAGUCUGUGGGUGAGAUUCGGCUACGAUCCCAGGAAAAACCCAGAGGCUAAAAUCUACCAAGUGCUGGAUUUCCGGAUUCGCUGUGGAGUAAAGUACGGAUAUGCGCCAAAUGACAUGCCCGUUAAAGCCAAACGCAGCACUUACAACUACAGCCUGCCCAUCACGUUGAAGAAGCCAGCACCGCAGGUUGUCAGUGUGCAGGACCUGAAACAAGGGCUGGCUGCCCCUAGCUCGAACACUCCAGGAGGGACAAAACCUGGUUUCAACAAAUACAAACUCAAGGAAUCUAUAUAUAUUUUCCAGGAAGGGAACCUACCCCCCUACAGACAGAUGUUUUACCAGCUGUGUGACUUAAAUGUGGACAGUUUGCGGGAUAUCAUCCAGAUGAACGAGGGGGCAGAGGCUGAAUGUACAGAAAGAGACGGCUGGUGCCUUCCGAAGACCUCUGAAAAGCUGAGAGACGCCAUGUCCCUUAUGAUCAAGCAGAUUAUACGCUCCAAGAGACCAUCUCUGUUUUCCGAACCUUCCACCUCCACCAGUAAUAAGGAGCAGCUGACUUAUGAAUCAGGGGAGGAGGAGGACGAAGAAGAGGAGGAAGAAUUCCACCCGUCUGAAGGCAGCGAGAAUGAGAUGGAAACGGAGCUCCUGGACUAUGUUGAAGACUGAUGGAAGGCCGAUGUUUUUUUUCUAAAUUGUUUAAAUAAAAUAAGUGAAAAAUAAAACCAAUAGCACUGUU